CCGGUUGGUAGCUUGGAAGCUGUUGGGCCACAAGACGAAAUUACGGUUGAGGCGGCGGCGGCUCUGCGCGCACGUUUUUUGCAGUCUUUCAUCAAUGACAAGUUUUAUGGCUACCCUGCUACUUUAUGAUCAUGGAAAUUAAAUUAGAGGUUCUCGCCUCUACGUGUAUCAAGCAAAAGAAACCAUGGCCUCGAAUCACUUGGCUGGGACAGGAAAAGGAGGCGGUUUUUCUUUUAGAUGACAAAAACAUCAAUGAAAUUAACCUACUUUCGGGGAAAACAAAGAAGAAAAUUCCACAGUUAUAUCCCUUGCUGAAGAAUGUUGUUGCCUUAACAACAUCAACAAAUGGAGCUUGGUUGGCAGGGAUCCUUAACACAGGAGAGCUCUUUCUUUGGAACAAAGACCAAGACACUAUAAAAACAGUCCCAGCUGUUGAAGAAUCUAAGAAAGUCACUAUAGCAGUACAAGAAUGUUCUAUGAGAUUGUACCUUUAUGUUUCCGGUGAUGGAAAUAAGGUUCUCCUCGCUACUCCAACUGUCUGUGUCUUUCUGUGGCAAAGCAUAGAAAGUAAAAGUACACCAUCUAAAAACCCUGUAAUGGGACAGUGGUCGCAAAUUAUUCCUGAAGCAUCUAUUGUGUUACCGUCUGUUGAAGAGAAAGAAACUGCAGUGAGUGCUGAUUUUAUCAAAAAUGAGGUGCUUGGGGACUGCUGCUUGUGUUCUUUCACAUUUUGUUCUGGGGAGCUUUUGAUGCUUACAUUUUUGGAAAUUAAAUGGCAGGAGAAUGCAAGCUCUUUUCCAUGUCAAAUACACUGGUCACAAAAAAUAAGCUCCUUGUCUAGUCUGACUCCCCAUUGUGAAUCAGUGAAAUCAAGAGGUGCUUUGCUUACUGCAUUUUCACAUGAUGGGCUUGUGUUAGCAAUAGGUGUCAAUCAAAAAGAUCUACAGGCAACUCAGAUUUUGCUUAUGAGCACCAUGAAUUUUAUUACUGCUUCUGGCAGUCUUAAAGGCUGUGGUAACAAGAAUCAGAAAAUUCCAUCCAAGUUUAUAAGGUCUUACUGGAUUGCUGAUAUGAGCUGGACUCCUGAUAGCCUUUUUUUGGCAUGUAUGUUAAAACGUGGGUCGCUGGUCUUAAUUACUUGUUUAGGUGAAUUGCUGACUUUAGUUACUUACGGUUGCUCUGUAGAAUUUGGACCAGCAGAAUUUAUUCCUCUACAUCCACUAAUAACAUACAGAUCACAACACUCUUUGUUGCAAGAUUUGAAUCACACUCAUGAUUCAUCAGCCUCCGAAGGAGACCUCAUGAGGCAGAGAUUUUCUGUAACAUCACACCCAAGGUUACCCUACCUCAUUGCCUCCGAUGGUUACAUAGUCACAGUCCUUAAAUUUUCUGACAGUUUCUCACCUUCAACAUAUAUGAGAUCAUUGCUGCUUGAUUCAGCCCAGAGGCUUGAAAAGCUACAUCACAGCCUCAUUGUAUCUAAGUCUAAGGGGAAAAAGCUGCGAUUGCCAUCACUGUCCUCCCUAAAAGCUAAUCUAUUAAAACACCAACAAAACCAAAAUUCUGUCUUCUCUGACAUUCCAGCAUUUUUGCAAGAAGAGGAGAGAGCAACAGAACUAAAUGGAGAUGUGACACACUUAAAGGAUUGCGAUGAAGAAUCCGACGAUGACAAGCUGUUUCAAAGUCAUUCUUUUAUUUUUGGGAGCCACAAAGCAAAUUCCUCUUCAUGUGAUGAAGGCAGAUUGGAAUUUGCGUCAAUGUUUGACACUAUUCAUGCAGUGCAUGAAACUGGAGAAAAUGAUGAUACAUCUUUGGAAUUGAGCUAUAUCCAAAAAAAUCUAAUUGCAGCUUGGAGAGUGGGGAUUUCAGGAAACAUCCAAGAAAGAGACAUUUUGUUAAAUUGUACCAUCCGUUGUAUUACACACUUUUUUAACAUUCUCCAGUAUGCAAAACUUAAUUUUAUACGUUUAGAUAACCCUGUGAAAGAUCGUCCAUGGAUACAGUGUGUCUUAAAAUGUUUCCAGCAGUUUUUGACUCUCUUGAGUUGGGAGGGUAAGCACAGACAAACUCUGGGGCAUUUGUUGACACUCACAUUGCAGACCUUAAAACUAAUGUUUGCUGAACAUCAAGAUCACCUGUUCUCCAGUAACCUUUUGGGAGGUUUCUCUUUGCUGAAGAUGGUUACUCAUUGUUUAAAUGGCAAAAACACACCGCAGUGUGAGAUCCUUUCAUCCAUCCUGGAUGUUAAUAAAGUGGAGCUAGAUUCCAUGGUUGUGCCUCUGUUUCAAACAAUGGAUUGGAGCAGCAAUCAACAUUUCUGUGCAUUGAAUUCCCUACUAAAGCUCUCUCCUCCAGCUGUAAAUCUGAUCAAGAAUCCAGAAAAGAGGUUAAUUAUUAUGUGGCGACUAUUGUAUAAGCAUGUUCUUUGUUACUGGGCACAGCUAAACAGAAAAGCACAUAACUCAAGUAAGCCAGUUACUGAAAUACAAAUUGCUUAUGACGGACCAAUAAUUAAAGGACUUGCUAGCCAUAUACAGGCUGUCUUACAGUCUUCAGGAGAGAGGCUGGAACAAAUGCUGAACCUCAACUCUGUGAUUGGUGAGGAGCAAUUUCUAAUAGGGUCUUAUGAAGGAUCGAUUGAGGCAUGGGAGAAAGCUCUUCAAGAAGCAAAAGAAAAAGGAGGAAAGCGACUGCCCUUUCUUCAGACUAGAUAUUGUCUUGCUAUAUUAUAUUGCCACCUGUAUCACUACAGCUUAAGUGAGGCUCAGGGUCUGUGUGAUCAUCUAGUGAGCAAGCUUCUAAAACGAACUCAAAUUUCUGUAAGAGAAAGGGAUGAUGUAACAGAUGCUGACUGGAUGCUAACAGAUGUUCAUACUGAGGCUGCUCUGGCAGUGGUUCAGUCUCUGGCACGAUUCAUGGCAGCCUACUUCACGAAUGAGUCACUUUAUGUGCUUCCUCCACACAGUGUUGAUAUUUUACCUCCACUUCACAUCAGAACAGACAGGUGUCAUCGUGUUGUUCCUCUACAGCACUCCAUAGUCACCAAUGCAGUUAGAGACCACAGCCUCUCUUGUGUUUGGACAGUUGAAUAUGCUCUUGAUUUGUUGCUUAUUGGUGGGCUGAUUCCAGAAGCUGUGUGGCUAGCACGUAAACUUGGAGACUGGAAAAUGGCUGUUUCAAUCGGGGUGGCUUAUAAUCUGUAUUGUCAGAGUAAUGACAGCUUCCUAAGGUCAGGGAAAGUAGAACUAUGGCUGCCAUUGCAAUUGACUCCGAAGCAAAUCUUUCAAGAAAAGCUACAGUCUUUCUUGGGCCAGCCUGUCAAGAAUGAAGCAUCAAAUGAAGGCGAUGCCAAAUACAAACAGUUUACAGAUCCUAUUGAAGAAGAAGAUGCAAGUGUACUUUUUAGUUCAGUAGAAGAAAUACUGAAAGCAGCUGUUAUGGCAGAAGCAGACAUUCUCUCAGAGACAUUUCAACUAUUGGCGGACUUCACCAAGGAUCUUAGUAGAAAGUUCUGCGGUUUGGUGCCAAGUGGCUUAUAUCUUCCUGCACCACCCUUAUAUUGUCCUCAACCAGCAUUUCCUAGUGAAGAAGAAUGCACUGACUUACCAUUACGAAUGGAGAGAGAUUGUCGGCAGAAGGUGUCUGGGGUUAUUCAACGAAUUCUUCUGCUCUUCCGGGCUGCUCAUUGUUCUUUCCCUGCUGCUCAGUGGUAUAUUGUGCAGCUGAAACGGGCACGAAAAAUAAUGCAAAAGAUUCACAAGAAAGGUGCUCUUCCUUCAUUAAGUGCUCUUCCAGAAAAUUUGCUUAAUUAUUCCAAAUGUCAUACGGCAUUCUUAAAGCCUACAUCUUCCGGAGACCACAGACUUGAGGAUGUUUCAUGUAAAAUUAUAGGAUGUUUUAGAGAAUUGUGUGCAUUAUGCUGGAUGCUUCACGUUCGUGAAAGGUUAUCUGAUAGCUGCAGACGGUACCAAAGUGCAAGAGAGAAUUUGGAAAAUCAGAAAGAAUGCAAGAAAACUGAAUUUGAUGCCUGUGUAGUGGAGUGCACUCUCAGUGCAUUGGAGUGGGCUUGCCGAAUGCUCCCUUUCGCUAGGUUCAUGAAUGUUGAAGAACUUGUCCAGGAUAUAAUUUUGAGCCUUACUGGAGAAUUGCCACCAAUCAAAAAGGUGGCAGAAAUUUUGGUGAAAGCAUUUCCUAACCCUGAAGAUGUCAGGGUCCCAUUAAGAGAGAAAUAUAAUGCUCUGCAUCAGCGACUGAGACACUGCAUAAUCAAAGGCCCCAACAGUGAAGAAAUGAUGUCUGUUGUUAUACAGACUGCUCAGAAAGUGAAUGUGAAAACAUUAAAGCGUGUGAUAAGAAACAUAGGACCCCAUCAAAGAAACAUCUGGGAGCCACCAGAAGAGGAGUUGCAAGAUCCCGGAGUUCAUUGCUGUGAUCGAUUUUCAUUGGGGACUACUCUAAGCAGAAGCACAAUUUCCGAUUUGGGAAACCCUCAGAUUUAUAGCGAUACUGAUACAGCAGAUUCACUCUCUGAAGCAUUGCUGAUGGAGGAAACCAGAAAAUAUGUUCCUUCUCUGAAGCAAGAAGAUCACAAAGAGGUUCCCAACCAUGCAGGAGAAUUGACAGGAUAUCAUAAAACUGCUGAAAAAUUAGAAGACUUCAAUGUGGAAGGAAGAAGUAACAAAACAGAGAACAAUAAUGAGUUCUCCAAACAGCACUUUUUGCCUCUAGUUGGCGAAUGGGAAUUUGAACGUGAUGAUGAUGAAUACAUUAAGUUUUUAGACCUCUUUUUAACUUACAUGCUUGAAAGAGACCUGCUCAAUCACAAAGAUUCUGCGAUUCCUUUUCUGAUAAGCUUUUCAGCACUUCUUAGAGAACAUGAACUCAACUCUCUUGUUUUUGAUGUUCAUACAACACUGAAACGUAAGCAGUUCAGAACUAAAGGCCAAAAUGUGUUCAGAGCUGGUUCUUGCUACACUCUUGUUUUUGAGCCCAGUGAUACUAAAGCAGCUCCUUUGCGUUCUGAAAAGAAAAAAGAUUCUAAAAAACAAACGCUGCCUGUUUCCAUUCAACAACCAAUUGAAUCUUCUGUUCAUGACUCAGUGAUGAGACCCACUGCAAGAACAGGAUUAUUUGGUCUAAGCCAGCAGUCCAUUUAUGGUGCACAUGAGUCCAGUAAAGAAAUAACUCUUACACCAGUAUUAACUCAGCGUUGGUCUGAACAAGCUUCUUCAAUCCCCCAAACAGCUCCGAUUCAUAAAUAUUUCUACAAAGCAAUUCAAGUGAAUGAUGUUAUACAGAGAGAGGAACCAACUCCAGAGAUGAUGUUUAAAUUUAACAAUGUAACUCGCUUGCUUGAAUGGAUGAUUAGAUGGUCUGAUAGGAGACUGCUUUAUGAUUCCAUCUCGACAGAGCCAUAUCACGAAUGCCGGCCAAUGAUGCAUGUUAAAACAUCUGCAUCUGCCAUACUUGCAUCUUUUUGGAUUUUAGAACAACAUUACUACAACAAAUCACAAGACCAAAAUGUAUGCCUUUGGAAACCUCACAAACAGUCUGCAAAUACCCAUCCCUCACAUCUUCGAUCCAAGCUAGAGAAAGACAGUAGUGUGGAUACAGGCUAUUCUCCAUCAGCUGGGACUCCAGUUGGUACGCAAGAUGGACAUGCCUAUGGUGAACCUUGUGAAAGUGCUCCAAGAACCUUCGAUGAAAAGCAGUCUGAGAAGAAAUUAAUUAAUUUCAAGGGGCAUUCUGUAACACAUGGCACAGAGAUUGGAGGAACAUGUUUUGAUGAAGGUUUGACAGAAGAAAUGGGAGGAUUCAUACCAAAUGAAGUAGAUGGGGCAUCUGAAAAUGAAGAUUACUGUGAUGAUCCAUUUGUAGUUUCAAGGAGUCCUACCAUUUCUGUCAGCAUUAAAUCGGUACAACAGAAAAAAGAGCUGUCUGUAUCAGAUGUUGAAUGCCCACAGGAAGAACCAUUGAGGGAAACAUUGGAGGAAGAAUUUAUGAAGCUGGAUGGAACUACAUGUGAGACAAUUCCCAGCAACAUUCUUCCUUCAUUCUUUCCUGAAGUGAAGGCAAAAUCUACUAGCAUAGAGAUCUCUGCCUCAGAUGAUCAGCCUUCUUUCACCGUUGUGUCAAGUGCUGUUUCAAAUGAUACCAUUGGUCCAAAGAAAGAAGAAACUGAUGCAAGAAAUCUGACAGCACCAUCAUUGAACACUUCAGAGGCUGUCAGGCAAAUGCUCCAAGAUGAAAUGUUUAAACUGGUUCAGCUGCAGCAAAUCAACUUUAUGAGCCUCAUGCAAGUAGUAGGAUCAUCCUUCGCCAACCUGCCAAAUACAUCACAGUCAAUGCAGCAGUCUCAGCCCUUUCAGCUGGGAAGAAGCCAGGCUUCAAACGGUGGAGAGGCCAGUGUAGAUAGGUCUCUCCCUAAACAUCAAUCAGAUGUCUUUCCAAAAACACAGAUGCCAACUCUAGAAAACAGUUGGAAUGUUAGUAAGAAAAACACCAGUCCUCAGGGAAAGAACAGCUUAUUUGAACAAAGCCAUAAUGGAAAUAUUCCAAAUUCUCCACACAUCAACAAUUCUCCAGGCUUACCAGAGAGUCAGUCCAGUGGAACAGGGCUGAUUCCACCAUUUCAAAGCUUGCUUCAUGAAAUUACAGCCAGGCCACUACCUCUAUUGUCUGCUUCUCUACAUGCUGAGAAGAAGCCUAAGCUUAUUCCACUGGCAAAAUCCUUAAAUAAUGCAGAUGGGCUUCCUUUGCUUAAACUUAAGCCAAGCUAUCAGUUCCAGCCGCUCAAUAUCUGCCCAAUAAUGCCCCCUAAACCUUUAAUUGGACCAUUCCCACAACGAAGAGAAGCCUGGGGUCCACCUCCUCCUACAGUAAAGAAUCCUCAGAGUUUACAGAUACCGUGGCACAAAAAUGGGGAAACAGUGCACCUAACUCUGAACAACUAUGACCAUAAAGUUAUAAGGCAAGCACAAGAGCAGAUGAACCAUUGGGGAGAAACUAUAGAUAAGGGGGCUUCUAAACAUCUUUAUCUGGAUGAAUGUGAAAAAAAGGGAAAUACGGCAUCUUUGCGGCACCUUCAUGCUCAUCUAAGGGAAGAGAAACCACUGGUUGACCAUGAAAUUCCCUUGCAUGAAACUUACAGACCUUUUGCUGACAUUCCCCUGCUGUAUCUGCAGCCCCGCUCACAACCCAAGCAACCUUCAGCUUUAAUACCUGAUAAACUUACGGGAAAGGAGACAGGUUCCAGAGACUCCUUUUGGCAGACAGGAUUACCAUUGCUUUAUGCUACUUUACCCCCACUCACCAAGUUUCAAGCACCAAAACUCAUACCACUUCAAAAUCUCAUUGCAUUUGAGCAAAGCCGCCAAGUUGCCCAAGCCUCACAUAUUGGGCAUCAAGACCAUCAGUUAUUAAAAGCUAACGUUAAACCAUGUGAAGCAAGACAAGACAGGAAUAGUAAAAAAAGGCAGAAGAGACGUAUUGAGAAACAGAUCAAGGAGGAGGAAGAAAGGAAGAAACCAACUGUGAAUUUUCAAGGAGAUGAUUCUGUUGCUUUCGCUGAUAUUGUAGAGCAAGCUAAGGGUAACCAAACAGAAUUCAGCUAUGACCUCAGUGAUGGUGGCUACUUACUAAACCCAGAGGGAGGUAUUUCUUCAGCAGGGUUACAUUACUUGGCUUCUGUAAGGAAAAGGACAGCUGAUCUUCAAGAUGCUAGCACAAAUACAGAUACUGUUCUUAAAUCACAUCAAGAUAUACAAACUGUCUCAGAAGAAGUAGAUUAUGAAUCUGGUAAAAAUCAACCAAUCACCUCUGCUUCUGCAUCUGUAACAGUUCUUAAAUCACAUCCAGAUAUGCAAAAUAUCACAGAUGAAAUAGAUUCAGAACAUAGUAAAAUCCGACCAAUCACCUCUGCUUCUGCAUCUGUAACAGAACAUUUGCCUUCAUGUGUUCCUCAGACUUUGCCACCAGAUCUGUACUUGAACCUCAGAUUCCCUACUGAAGUAGCAGAGAAGCCUUUGCCACCCUCAUUAUCUGAUAUUUCAUCUGACUUGAAUGGAAGGAAAUACAUCAAUGUGAUUGAUAUAGAAAAUGGUGAUCUUCUGAGAAAUUUGCCUGAUAUAUAUGAGUCUGGUCCAAAACACAUUGCCACGCAGCCUGUGAAGACUGAAUUUCCAACUUCUGCAGAACUGCAUCACAUGGCAGCAUCUGUUGCUAAUGCAAUUCCACCAGAAGAAUUCAAGAGUGACGAUAUUCUUCAAACCGAAUCACUGCGAGUGCCAUCAGAGAUUGUAGAGACAGAAAUUGCUGGUGAUCAUCUACCCUCGAGCUUCCUGCACGAGGAUUUCAGCACUAAUUCCUCCACAGAAUUGUUAGCCAGAAAAAUUAGCAGACAGCAGUUUUGUUCCAAACUACAGGAAAUGGAUAGACAGCUAUUGACCCUCCAGAACGUGGCAGAAAGAAUGGAAAAAGAAUUUAGCAAUACUAAAUUGGUAGAAAAUGUAGGUGUGAUAGCUGAUCCAGGAGAGGAUAACGUUUCAUUCCUUGCACCAGGCGUUAAGGUUUCCAAAGAAGAACGUUAUUCAACACGUGUGAUUGUAGAGAAUUUUACAGGGGAGGAAGAAAGCUUAGAAAUGGAACCUCGAACCAGUUACACUGCUUUGCAGACAUCCUCGAUUUCUCCUUCAGCAUCCUCAGCUGAUCUUCUCAGGGUUAAAAAGACAUCUUCCGAUAUUAAUUUUGGAAUAGAAGAACUGGAUGAAAGUUUUUCAGAAGACUGCCUGCAGAUGACUGGCUUGAGUGGUGUUUCUGACAUCAUUACUGAUCUUAUAGUCAAGGGUGGCAUUUCUGCUUCAGAACUGGGCCUCACGGAAACACAGGCUAAAAAAAUCUCCAGCCGUUCAAGUACAGUGAGUAGACAUUCACGUAAAACAGAAAGGGAUAAAAAAGAGUUACAAACCUGGAUGAAAAGAAAGCGGAAGGAAAGAUUAGCUGAAUAUCUGCAAACACUGGCUGAAAAAAGAGCAAAAGAACAUAAUCCAUUUCAUUUUAGAGAAAAAAUGCCACUUGGAUUUUCAACACGGGAUAUUAAAUUACAUCAGAAAAAGAAAGAUGAGAAAGAUAAGGCCUUGUUAUCUGAGCAUUAUAAUCUUAGAGUCUCUGACGCCUGCGCCCUGAUGCAUGAGCUGUUGUCUGACACAGUGCAACUUUCUUCAAGUGAAUAUAAUACGUUGUCUAAAACAAGAUCACCGCAUGAUUUUAAGCAGUCACGUGUCUCUUCUAUUGGAAGAUGUUACCGUGGGAGUUACCAAUCUGCAAGGAACAAGGCUGCUGCUGAAGUUGGCUUGGGUCGGGCAAAAUCCUUUUCCAGUCUAUCGUGUGACAUGACUCAGAGGAAAGGCCGAAUAUGCCAAGCUCCUUAUAGAAGAAAGGCAUCAGAAUCUUGUCAACGGCAAUGGAAAGGCAGUAGAAGCCAGAAGCAGUGGCCAAGUAGUAGGCUUGACUUAAGAAGUCCAGCUUCUGAUCAGGCAAGGCAAUCUGUGAGUCAGAGAAGAUUCCUAACCACUGACACGGAGACACAGGCCAAUGAGGAGAGUGAAGAUGAUGCUGUGAGUGUUUGGAGUGUCCCUGAUGAGAUUCAGCAGAUACUGUAUGGCAGUUCUAAUUUCCAUUUCAAAAAGGAGUCUUUACCUCAAGAAGACGGUUGCUCCGUUGCCAGCUUUAAUAACUUUGACAGUGUGUCUGACAGUACCAGCAGCAUCCUUAGCAAGCUUGAUUGGAAUGCAGUGGACGCCAUGGUAGCAAAUGUGGAAGGAAAAUGAAGCCACAAGAUUCUUGGCUGCUCUACGCUUUAAAAGGACAUUGGCCUUAAUAUAAUUUGGAGAAAUAACAGGAGAUGAGAUUGCAAGGAAAAGUACAGCCAAGUUCACAUCAAGGACUGGUCUUCAUUCAUACAAUAAAUUCCAAGGAAUUUCUUAAAAAAUCUUUUUCUCCUCAAAUCAAUAAUCUGAGACCGGUAUAGCAAUGCCAAAUUGUGGAGUUAUGCAGAAUGUUCAAAGUGAAAUAUGCUUAGGGUUCUUGGCACAUACAGGUAUUUAAUAAAUCUAGCAAACAAGACUAGGGACAUUAUUAAUUUUUAUUUCUGAAAACAAUCAGUUUAAACAGGAUUUAAGCAGACAGACUUGCAGAGCGUUUUAAGGGACUACAGAUAACUUUUACCUAAGAUCCUUAAUUAUGUUUUAUAUUUAAAUAGUCGUAUGCAUUUAAUAAAAUGUGUUGUUGUUGUUUACUGUUUGA